AUGAUGAAGUCAACUAGGUCGUACGUGGUGCCAUCUUCGGCGCAGCGUAUGGCGAAGGAACUCCCGACAUCCACUAUGCCAGAAACGCCACAGGAGAGCGAGGCCCUCUUUCAUCGCGUGAUGGAUGGCUCUGUGCCGCGUGGAUCGCAGCGUCCUAUCUACUUGGAUGCACAGUCAACCACGCCUGUGGAUCCUCGUGUCCUUGACGCAAUGAUGCCGUUUUAUGUUGACCAAUACGGUAACCCUCACUCUCGCACCCAUGCAUACGGAUGGGAGACCGAGGCGGCCGUUAAUACUGCCCGCGAGCAUGUUGCCUCUCUUGUCAAUGCGGAUGCAAAGGAAAUAAUCUUUACCUCCGGCGCUACGGAAAGCAACAACAUGAUCCUGAAAGGCAUUGCCAACUUCUACAAGUCGAAAAAGAACCAUAUCAUCACUACGCAGACGGAGCAUAAGUGUGUGUUGGACUCCUGUCGUACGCUCCAAGAGCAAGGCUUUGAAGUGACAUAUCUGCCCGUGCAGUCAAACGGCCAAGUGGACCUUGAGAUGCUGAAGAAGGAGCUCCGUCCGACUACGAGCAUCGUAUCGAUUAUGGCGGUGAACAACGAAAUCGGCGUGAUUCAGCCACUGAAGGAGAUUGGUGAAAUGCUGAAAACGCACGGCGCCGAGCUCAGUAAGCAGCUGGGUAAAGGUGUGCCCAAGCCGUUCUUCCAUACCGAUGCAGCACAGGCGCUCGGUAAAAUCCCCUUGGACGUGAACGAAGCAGGAAUUGACGUCAUGAGCAUGUCAAGCCACAAGCUUUAUGGUCCGAAGGGUAUCGGUGCUGCGUAUGUUCGUCGUCGCCCGCGUGUGCGUAUGGAGCCACUGAUUAGCGGUGGUGGUCAGGAGCGUGGUCUGCGUAGCGGUACGCUCGCUACGCCUCUCGUGGUCGGUUUUGGUGAGGCAGCUCGCAUUGCGAAGAAUGAGAUGGCGUAUGAUCAUGCACACGUGUCGGCUCUAGCUAAGCGUCUUAAGGACAAUAUCAUGUCGCGCGUCGACAAAGUGAUUUUGAACGGUGACCCCGAAGGCUACCCUGGCUGCACGAACCUUACAUUCCAGUACAUUGAGGGAGAGUCGCUCCUCAUGGCUCUGAAAGACAUUUGCUUGUCAUCUGGCUCGGCUUGCACCUCCGCAUCGCUGGAGCCAUCGUAUGUGCUUCGUGCUUUGGGUCUGGACGAUGCCAAUGCUCACUCAAGUCUGCGCUUUGGUAUCGGCCGCUUCACGACUGAGCAGGAAAUUGACUUUGUCUGUGACCGCAUUGUAUCUGUGGUUGAACGUCUCCGCGAGCUUAGCCCGCUGUGGGAGAUGGUGCAAGAAGGUAUUGACCUCUCGUCCAUUCAGUGGUCGGGCUAG